UACGAAAUGAGUCUUCAAGCAGAGUACGUCCGAUCAUUGUGGGCUCUGAUUUGUCUGACUGUGAUGAUCUCAAGAUGCCUGUUAAGAGGCCUUGUAAGCCUCUGAACCGCCAUUUCAACUGGCGAGAAGCUGGUGUUCUCCCAUCAACCUCACAUGCAGGUUUUAACGAUGAGAACCAAGAGCCAGUUGCCGGUGGUUCUAAGAAGACAAGUAAAAGAGGGCCUGGGCGGCCAAAACGCAGUAUAAAUAAGAAAAACAUGACCAAGUCGACAUGUCGAGAUAAAUCAUCUGAUGCAGGUCUGUUUCAUAGAACAUUGCUGAGUUAUGUUUCAUGUUGCUUUCUCCGAUUCUUUUACCCCUUUUUGAUACGCGGAUGCUACUGAUGUUUGUCGUGUUUGCUAUGAAGUUCAAGAAGGCAAGUUGUGUGUGACGGAUUGUGGCCACCUUUUCCACAGAACAUGUCUGCAUCGCUGGCUGUCUUCCUCCCGUGGGCAAUACAGGGCUUUAAAGAAAUGCCCAUAUAUGGCCUGUGGACCUUGAAUACAGAAAUCAA